UCUCACCGAGCGCCAGCCACCAUGACAGUAACCACAAUGCCCCGCGUCUUCUUCUUUUUCUUUUGUUCAAAACGCAGACGUGUUGCUGCCAUCUACCGUUUGUUCGCCAAUGCCAUUUUGAAUAGUUUAUAUAUACGUUGUCCGAUAUAGAGAAUAUAUUCACUAUAACGGACUUCAGUUGAGUUCAUUUGUCCAGUUUAAAGAAGUUUUGAUGAAGACUAAAAACUUGUUUCUAGACUGAUUUUAGUUCUUUAAAAGGUUGCUUUAUGACUUCCGGUUAAACCGCGGGAGUUCUGGCAUUACGUUACUAUGGCAACUGGUUUGGUUUCUUUAUGGGUGAAAACAGUGAGCUGAAUUCAGUUAAGUUUAUAUUUACCUACUAUUUCACCUCCUUCUAUCCACCAACCUGAUAUUAUAGUUUAUUACAAAAGGCCGUCUUUUGUCUGCUUUAGUUUUGUUAUUACUAUUUAUCCAUAUAAUACGGGUGACGAUGCAGACUGUAACCUCAGACAGCGCCCGGGAGGAAACCGUGACCGUGAGGAGAAGCGAGUCCGCGGACGCUGAAGAGAUAGACGGCCUCAUUAGUCCAUCUGCGCAGGCGGUGUUUGGAAGAGUCAAUGUUAUUCGUCUGCUAGAGAAAGCAAACCUGGCUGUGACUCUGACCAAUGAAAAGGGCGACAUCCUAGGCCACGCUUCCUUCUUUGAUCACCCUAUUGGAGAUCUGGUGGAUCAGACGCAGUGGGAAGCUUUCCUGCAGGAACACUUCAGUGUUGGACAAUGCACACCUUUCAACACACUUUUCCUCCACCUUUUUGUGGCACGGCCGAAUUUCACCACAGCAAGUGUGAAAGAGAUAAUGAGGGCCAUCUUUAACGCCGUUACUGAGCUUGAAUACGUCUGUCUGCUCAGCCCACACGUUGGUAGUUUAGAGCCAGAGCUGGAUGAAAUAUUUGAGCCGUUGGAGCGUCUGACCGACCCCGGGCCUCAGUGCUUGGCACUGAUCUGCCACAGAAAAGCUCACUGUCCCUGGCCUAUUGUCCGUACAGCCAGGGUUGAGGAUCACAAUGAAAUUAUACCUCUGUUUGAUGAGCAGACAAACCUGCUGUCUAUCAGUCACCAGCCGUUCUUCCUCGCAGCGCUCAUUGAGGCCGAGGCCGAGGAGCAUCACACCGCGGUUUGCGAGAUUAAUGGAGUCGCCGUUGGCUUCAUCUGUGCCAGUGCUGAUGUCAACCUGAAGUGGCUCCUUGGCAGAUUUGAGCUGAGUGAGUUUGACGGUUUGAUCAGAGAGCAGAAAACAAAACAUCAUAAAGUUCCUGCUCAGUCUGAUGAAGAUGAACAUAGGCGGUCUGCAGAGCAGAUGAACACAGUCGUACUGUACAGUCUGAAGUCUGUUUGUGUUUGUUGUCACACAUCUCAGCAGGAGGAGGCUCAGCCAGCUUCAGAAAAAUCCAACACCUUCUGUAUUCAGAUCUUUGUUAUUAACAAGAAUUAUGAACUGAGAUCAGCGGACUUUAUUCCUUUUCUGUUCCAGGUUUUCCCCGACCAGAACUUCUGCGUUAUCACAGUUCCAAAUCUGUCCACUGAGUUCCCCCUGUUGCAGAACUUUAUCAGGGUGCCGUCAAUUCCCACCAGCUUGUCGCAACAUGAGCUCUAUAUCUUUCACCGCGAUGGAGUCAGGUCUUUGAGCGUGAGGCCAGCCGUGGCUCUGAACCGCUCUGCUGUCUCUGCUCUGGUGAAGGAUCUGAGUCUGAACGAGUCUUUGCUGCAGGACCUGGACCGCUACUACGAGACUGGCUGUGACCGGGAUGCCGUUCCACUGCAGGCCUUCGUCGCCCAGGCAGAAGCAGAGUUAGUUGGGAUUGUCAUCAUCAAGGAUGAGCAGGACAUCGAGUACAUCCGUGCUCACUACAACAUCGAGAGCUUCAUCUACUUUAGCCACCAUGGCUACGAUGAGCACGCUCAGAUACUCCACUUCGUCCUCAAAACCACCGUCCAACACUUCUCCAAGAACUUCUUUAAGGAGGUUCUCCGGCAGGCUCGCAAAUCCUGCCUGUACCUCCGAAUCUACCCCCUCUACCACAGCCAGGAGAAUUCCUGCAUCCACCAUCUGCAUUAUGUCCUCAACUGCGCCGUCCCCGUCUGCCCACGACGCCAGAUCAUCUACCCGCUGGAGGAGCUUGGCAUCAACGCCCCAUCUAGGCGCCUCACAGAAGACCAGGCGCCGUUUGCUCUCAGCCUCAUCAGCAGAAAGUUGACCAUGGAGCCAAAGGUCACCAUUAAUACCCGGAUUGUGCUGGUGGGAGCUUCGGACACAGGUUUAGCUUUCCUCGAGGUGCUUUGUUCCUGCCCUCACCUGAGGUUCAACAGCCUGACCCUCAUUUCAACACACGGUUUCCCCGGCGACUACAACCACGAGGACGCUGGAUUUCUCUCCACAAGUCAUGCCUACAGCAGCAGAGACUUGGCCCAGAUCCCAGUGCGUUCCUUCAUCAGUGUGGUGACGGGGAAGUUGGUGGGCAUCAGAAGGAAGUCCAAAUACGUCCUCUUGUCCAGUGGGGAGAAGGUGCCCUACGACCACCUCAUACUCUGUACUGGCCUGCAGUAUCGGGUACCGUGUCCCACUGGUGUAGAUGUGAGCCAGCCUGUCACAAACAGCCAGCUGCACUCCACUCACAGCAGAUACACUGGGCCCGUGCCCUCCAACCUCUUCACCCUCAACGACCUCCACGACUGCAUGGCUGCUCGCCGCUGGCUCUGUGCCAACUUUUUGGAGCUGGAGGAUAAUGCCAUCGUCUACGGAAACAACAUCGACAUCUACACCACCGUAGAGACUCUGCUGAGCCUCGGCAUUCGUGGAUCUCGUAUCCAUCUUGUCCUCUUGCCUCCUGAGCCAGGCGUCUCCAGCUUCUUGGACUCAUCUGUAGAAAAAGCCGUGGCGAUGGCCAUGGAGAACGCCAUGGUCCAGAUCCACCGUAACUGUGUGCUGGCCCAGUUUAACAAUGGCAAACAACCCGACCCGCUUACAUCGGCAUCGUUUACCACUGAUGCAGAGCCUCUCCAUCUGCAGUGUGGAGUGUUCAUCAACCUCUCCAAUAAAGGAGUCGACUACGACGCCUUCAACAGCUUCAACAAGUCCUUCCUGGUAUUUGAUGGCAGGCUUGUCAUAAACUCCAGCUUCAGAACCACCAAUUUGUCCAUUUGGGCUGCCGGGCCUCUCACCAAAUUCUCCCGCCGUUACUACAUAGAUGAGUGGACACAUGCCAACUUUAACUCCAAGGAAGUGGGCCAGGACCUGGCAGCCAUGAUGCUGCCCCUGUUUGAUCCAACCAUGGAGCCUGCCGAGGCGCCUCCACCUGAAACAGAUCGUCUGGUACUGCUGUACAAGCAGGCCAAGAUUCAAGGUGGUAAGCUUCCUGGAGGAUAUCACUACCUGCAUGUGACCAAACCAUCUCCAACAGACCUGACAGGCCCUAAUGUUAAACAGUUACAGGACAGAGCGAUUGUGACGGGACAGCCGGAGAGAGGCGACUACUUCUGCUUGCAUCUUGACUGCUAUGAGCUUGUGGGGACGCUCACCUGCUUGUCCCUGAAGCCUCUCCCCGUCUCCAAUUACCUGAGUCUCUACAUGAAACAUCAGCAGCUGCUGGGCCAGCUGCUGAGCUGCUACCAGGAGGACCUGAUCCCUGAUCUGUACAGUUUCUUCACACAGAGCAGCUGUUUGGCCGUUUUCCACGACAGAUUCUCCGAUUUAGAGCAGGAGCUUCAGCAGACCCUCAAACUCAAGGACCUCUGCCCUCCGGACCAAUUGAAAGACGAGAACAGUCGAGCGGCUCUGAGGAGCAGUGCUGUGAAGUAUCUGAGUUACAACCGAAACCUGCUGCCCAUGUUCGCCUGCCCGGGCCAGCUCUGACCUCACGCCUGUUAAAAUACUAAAACAAAUCAGACUCUGUUUGAGGUGUGGUAACUGGUUUAUAUUGUGUAUGUGUCACUGGAUACCUCCAGUCAUUUGAGCUGGCUCAGGAACGCUGUGUCUGCUAUGUGUAAAUAUAUUAUCAUAUCAGAUCUUUAGAGUCCUGGAGGAAUUUUUUAAAUCAGCAGCUCAGCACAAAAACACAGUCAGGAGUCACGUGACAUUUUUUAGUCCUGUUAUGUUCAGAGAAAGCAAACAGACAGUCAGCGUCUCCAAACUGGAUUACUCACACCAAAACACUGAUUAACACUACUGAUUUGUUUUCCAUCAAAUGGUUAAAAAGUGUGUGUUUUCUUAGAUUGCUUCGAUCAAUCAACAUAAUCCAAAAAAUUUCCAUCAAAUAAAUGUUAUUUUAAUUGUUUUCAGAGAUAGGGAGAGAGGGAGUGGUCUAAUCCAGUAAAACUUUCUUUGUGUAAGAGUUCUGGCUAACUUUUCAUGCUAUUACCAUUAAAUUAAUGCUUGCAUUCAU